CUCGCCGCGGGGCUGUGCACGAGCGCUGCCAGCAGCGUUCCCCUGCCCGUGCAGCACGGCACGUCCACGAUGCGCGCCGCCGUGAUGCGCGAGGUGGGCGCGCCGCUGCGCGUGGAGCUGCUGCACAUCCCGCGGCCCCAGGCGGGCGAGGUGCUCAUCAAGACACGCGCGUGCGGAGUGUGCCACACGGACCUGCAUGUGAUGCGCGGCCACGUGGCGUUCCCCGCGCCCUGCGUGCUGGGCCACGAGGUCAGCGGGGAGGUCGUGGACCACGGCGCCGGCACUGAUGCCGCCACCAUCGCCAGGCUGCCGGUGGGGUCACGAGUGGUGGCGGCGUUCAUCAUGCCGUGCGGCUCCUGCUUCUUCUGCACCCAUGGGCAGGAGGACAUAUGCUCCACAUUCUUUGCAUUCAACCGCCUGCACGGCACGCUCUACGACGGCCACACGCGCCUCUUCUCUGCCGACCCCUCCGCGGCCCCCCUGGCGAUGUACAGCAUGGGCGGGCUGGCGGACUACUGUGUGGCGCCUGCCACCGCCGUGGCGCCGCUGCCCCCCGCGCUGCCGCUGCCCGAGGCGGCCGUCAUGGGCUGUGCGCUCUUCACCGCCUUCGGAGCGCUGCGCCACGCGGGGGACGUGCGGGCCGGCGAGACCGUGGCGGUGGUGGGGGCGGGCGGCGUGGGCGGCAGCUGUGUGCAGGUGGCGCGCGCCAUGGGGGCGGCGAGCAUCAUAGCGGUGGACGUGGCGGAGGACAAGCUGCAGCGCUGCCGUGCUCUGGGCGCCACCCACACCGUCAACGCUGCCAAGGAGGACGUGGUGGACGCCAUCAGGGCCAUAACGGGGGGCAGGGGGGUGGACGUGGCGGUGGAGGCGUUGGGGCGGGCGGAGACGUUUGGGCAGACGGUGCACGCAGUGAGGGACGGGGGCAGGGCGGUGAUGGUGGGCAUUGCUGCUGCCGGCACCACUGCUGCUGUCGACAUCACCCGACUCAUUCCUGCCUGGGGCCUUCCAACCUGCAUGAUUCCCUCCACCCCCCUCUUCCCCUCCCUGCAGAUCAAGAUCAUAGGGUCGUACGGGGCCAAGGCGCGGUCGGAUCUGCCAGCGGUGGUGGCGCUGGCAGCAGCGGGGAGGGUGGACGUGGUGUCCAGUGUCACGGAGCGCUACCGCCUUGAGGAUGCGGAUAGUGCAUACUGCAAGCUGGAAAAGGGCAAUGUGCUAGGCCGGGCUAUUGUAGACAUGACUCUCUGA